CUGGCAACCUGGUGGGAUGAAACCUCCCAGACAUAUCGCACGAACCGCGAAUCGAUUUUGCCGUUCGCAACCCCGCACCUCGGGGACAAGAGCAGGAUGUCGCAACGAAAGAACACGCAGACAAUCGAGGAGCGAAGCUUCCAGGCCGCGUUGAUCGGUUUGGAAAUUCGUUUUGAAGAGACGCCCGGGCUUGGGGCAAAGAGCAUUCCUAAUAGCAAGCCGGAUAUCAAGAAGAUGAUCACCAACACGUUGGAGAUGAGCUUGCACAAGGCAGAUGUUAGAGAAAACCUUGCGAAGAAUGUCGAAAUCUGGGUGCGACUGAAGAAGAUCUUCGAUCUGGCUAUCCGUACUCUCAAUAGACGCUCCCUGCGCGAAUCUAAACCCGACGACCACGUUUCCGAUGACAUGGACGCUCUCCAAAGCACUGAUCUGAUCCUAAAGAACUAUGAUUCGUUAGUGGAGGAUUUACAUUACUUGAACAAUUUGCUGGUUAUUUCGAGGAAUAUGUUGGCGAUCAAGGAAACUGCGCAGGAGAUCUGUGCACGCGUACACUUCGACAAGACGGUCCGCGAACUUAUAAUCCUGUGCGUUAAUGUCACGAGCAAGGGAUAUGACGGAGACAAUGUGGAUGAGCUAAGACGGGAAAAGGUGAACACCGUUACAGAGCUAUACAAAAAGCUUCUAGUUACUGCUCUACAACACACGCAUAACUGGACCAUGGGGAACGAUCGGUUCAAGAUGUCGUUCUGGCUCGAGAUGCUGUUCGAUGAUGACCUUAGUAACGAUAUGAUACACGAGCUUCCUCCGGAUGAUCUGAAUGUUAAGAAGGUCUACGAGGAAGUCAAAAACUGGCUUAGAAGACAUUCACAAAGGGAUAAGGUGGCAGCUGAGCUACUAGAUAAAUAUUCUGCAGACGUGCGUCUUGGUCCCAGUGCCGGCCCUCUGCCAGAAGAACCCGAUGAUAUCGGAGGAGAAAGCAAGGAAGAGGAACCGACUGCUCCUGUAUGGAAACCAGAUCUAGAGGAUAAGUACGAGCAAGAUAGGCUGUACGCAAGGGUUUCACAUGAGAUUGAUAUCUGGUGGAAGAGAGUUCGAGACGCAAAUUAUGAAGGAUGGGUUGUCCCGAUGGAGAGCGUUGAAGGUGCAAUCCUUCGGGCCCAGUCGUGCAAGGAAAAUGCCAUGCAUCGUUAUUUACCUCGUGGGCAAGAUCUCGACCACGACUAUCCCCACGAAGAGCAGUAUGAUGAGCAGCCUGAGGAUGGUGUAAACGGCGAAGAUGAAAUCGAUGAUCGAUCAACUCGAGAGGACAACGGAGAAGAUAGCGGAGAGGAUUACGAUGAGCAGGAGGAAGAGGAGGACGAGGAUGAUUCAUAUGUUGAAGGUCCUCUGCGUGGGCUGCUUACAGAAAUCCCCAAUAUCCUGGACACCAAACAAAUCGAAGCUCUGCAUAUGACUGUCAAGGCAUGCAUCGUCGACUCUAUGGGAUCUGGUCUUACGCCGGCAGGCGAAAACCUCCAGAAAACACGAUGCAAGAUGUUCCUAGCUCUUGAUUGUGGCAAGAACCUCCUCCGCGAAAUGCUGGUUUUCAUUGCUGUCUGGGAGCAAACGGAUCAGCAAUUCAUCUUUCAGAUCACGGCUCAAAUUAUCGAGUCUUUUCACCACAACGCCCUACUCCCCUAUGCUUGGAACUCGUUGCGAAUACUGAAAGACAUCGUUUCACCAGCCCAAACCGUUCUCCUUCGCCUUAUCAACUACAUGUUCAGGGCUCGCAAAGACAGCACCAUUUAUGACGACCUUCGAGAUUACAACCGAGACGCUAAACUUAUUCAUUUCUUGUAUAACUACUUUCGCUGUCGCGUUGUGCCGGAUUGCAUCGCACUCAUUUAUGCUCAGGCUCAGAUCCGCCAAGGCAAAAGCCACCCAAGUGAUUUCCCGGUCGACCUCUGGGAUAUGGAACGGGCUAAGGACGGCCUGUCCCAAUACCUUGAUUUUAUCUCCGUGAUCGCCGAAAUCCCUGAGAUGCGCCCUCUACUUAUUGAAUGGGAAGCAGUGUAUGAGCUCGUUGCUCUCCUCAAAGCACUUGAGGAUGGUGUUGAACGGAAGCCGCUCGAUGCCCGCUCUAUGCCGGGACCCAGCCGCCGUCCAGCUGCUCAGGGUUCCGGAUCGGGCUCAAGCACCCCCGUUGUUGGUCGCCCGUAUGAUGAAAAUAACCCACAGACUCCAGCACAACCCCAGGCUCAUCCGCAGACAGGUGUGCCCCUACUCCACGAGGCACCCCAUAAAUUCUCUUGGCCAGGCAUCAAAAUUCAAAUCCUGAUCAUUCUUACUUCACUCGUUGCACCGAACAAUGCACGACGCAGCGGUCCGGGCAACCCUAUCGUACAAAAACAGCUAUUAGAACGAGAAGGAAUCAUGCCAUUAUUGAACUGCUGUGCUUAUGAUGGGAAUAAUGAGUACCUGAAAGAAAGGGCUACACUCGCUAUCAAGUUUGUAAUGGAGGGCUGUGAGGAGGCGCAACAGUUUGUCAGAGAGCUGGUGCCUUUAAGACAAGCCAAUGCGCAAACCCAGUCUCAGGGGCCUGCUGCUCCGGCUGCCGAGAAACAGCAGUCCGCAGCGACUCCAGCGGGUUCAGCGUCAGCAACAGCGGCUGCUGUCGCCGCUAAGGCAAAAAUGAGCGCAGAUAUUUCGAAAACAAAAGCGAAGGAAGGUGCUAGUAAGCAGUCAGACCUGUUGGACGAUGCGGCCAGAUUGGCGGCUGUGGCGCAGAGUAUCAAAGAGAAUACAGAUGAGUAUGCGAAGGUUGUGGCACAAGGUCAAGGUCAACGCGCGACAGCCAAGUCAGGGGAUAAGCAGUAAAGCGCCUAGCUUGAGCCGCUUGGGGUUGUAGGAGAGAAAAGUUUGGAGGGAACAAAAGGUUUGUUUUGAGAGCAAAUGGCCUUGCAUCACUUUCCCUGGUCUCAAAAAAGUUAGCAUAGAUGGGUGGUAGGUCUGCAUUGGGUGGUGUUUGGAAGAUACCCUGGGUGAAGUUAUGUGCUAGAAAAGCAGUGUCAUUGAAAAUAGACUUGCGUAACACUUGAAGGCCUAAUAUGGCUUGAGAUCAACG